UGAGUGAACAGGCAAAUGCAACUACCACCUAGCAGUUCCCCUCCGUCCCUCCAACGUUACUCCCUCCCUUCCACCCUUCUUCCGUCGCAUAACCACGCCAUUCCCAUGGAAGCUCUCAUCUCCCUCCCCUCCUCCCAUAACUUCCACCUCUCACCCCUCCCCUCCAAACCCCCACACCCCCUCCCUUCUCUUCCUCUCCACCACCACCACCACCACCACUCCAUAAAAACCCAUCACCACAUCUUCUCUCCAACCAAAACCACCAGACUCAAUGCCCAGGUCUCCUCCUCCCCUGCCACAACAACCACUGAUCUCCCCGGCGACAAGGCCCUCGCAGGCGACGAGAAAUUCAACUGGUUCGCCAACUGGUACCCGCUCGCCCCCGUCUGCGACCUCGACAAGCGGGCCCCCAACGCCAAGACGGUGAUGGGCCUCGACGUGGUGAUCUGGUGGGACCGGCAGGAGGGCCGGUGGCAGGUGUUCGACGACCGGUGCCCCCACCGCCUCGCCCCGCUCUCCGAGGGCCGCGUCGACCCUUGGGGCCGCCUUCAGUGCGUCUACCACGGAUGGUGCUUCGACGGCGCCGGCAGCUGCAAGUACAUCCCCCAGGCGCCGCCGAACGGCCCUCCGGUUCAUACGUUCAAGAAGGCAUGUGCCGCUGUUUAUCCCAGUGUUGAACAGAAUAAGAUUGUGUGGUUUUGGCCGAGCACUGAUCCUCAAUACAAGGAUAUUUUAAUGAAGGAAAGACCUCCCUACAUUCCAGAGCUGGAUGAUCCAUCGUACACGUCUACAAUGGGGACGAGAGAUGUUCCUUAUGGGUAUGAAGUUCUGAUAGAAAACCUCAUGGACCCUGCUCAUGUUCCAUAUGCACACCAUGGAAUAAUGAGAAUUCCAAAACGUGAAGUGCCUGCCAGAGCUGAGGUUGAUCGAGAAGGAGGGGUGCCCAUAGAGAUAACAAUUGAGACAUUAAAUAUAACUGGCUUCCUUGCAAAGCAGGAGCUUGGCUACAACAAGUUUGUAGCUCCAUGUGUCUUUUAUGCUAUGCCUCGUCGGUCCUCAAGUGAUGAUUCCGUUUCAUCUUUGGAUGUCCAAGAGGCAUCUUCAACUAAGCCCCAGCAGAAACAACGUAGGAUCCUGCUUAUUUUUAUGUGCAUUCCAGUUAGUCCUGGAAGAAGCAGAGUAAUUUGGGUCUUCCCCAGAAAUUUCACAGUUUGGAUAGACCAACUUGUCCCUCGGUGGAUGUUUCAUGUGGGGCAGAAUCUUAUUCUGGAUUCAGAUUUAUACCUUCUUCAUGUUGAGGAGCGUAAGAUCGCCAACGUUGGCCCUUCUAAUUGGCAAAAAGCUUGUUUUGUGCCAACAAAGUCAGAUGCCAUGGUGGUUGCCUUCAGAAAUUGGCUAAGAAAAUACUCAAACAAUCAGGUUGACUGGGGAACUCUAUCUACUGGAUACCUUCCACCAACCCCACCCAGAGAACAGCUUAUGGAUAGAUACUGGUCCCAUGUUGUGCAGUGCAGCAGCUGUCGUGUGGCUUUAAAAGGCCUGAGAACAUUUGAGGUUUUUCUGCAAGUUAUUUCAAUAGCCUUCAUUGGAAUUGUUGCAGCUGCCAAGCAAGGUCUGAUGUCAAACAUCACCAGGAUUGCUUUUGCCUCAACAGCGGUAUUGUGCUUCCUCGCAUCCAGGUGGCUGUCUCACUUCAUCUACAAGAAUUUCUAUUUCCAUGACUACAACCAUGCUUUCAGAUGAUUGUUCUAGAUUUUGCCCUUUCUCUGUAAACAGAUUGUAACGCUUUCUGUGUCUAUUUCUUUAUUAUAUCUGUAAAUAAAAGGUUUCAACUAAAUCACAGAGAUGAUAAAAGCGCAAAUACAUGUUCUACCUCUGUGUAAAAGGCAUAUGUCAGAAACAUUAUUUUUUUUGGA